AAUUCUUAUCUAUAACAAUGACACGUCUAACACGGGGUGUUGGUAGAUAAGAUAAUUCUAUCUUAUGACUUAAUUCCAACAUGGCCAUGUCACCACUUCUCCUUCUGGCACUGUGUUUUCCUUCAGUUCUGUGCGCCAACACCCACAAUCACGGUCACCACCAUGAACAGACAGCAGCAGCCUACACUCACUACGUAGACGAGCUGUGGACAAAUGUCAACUAUGAUUACGACACAACUCAUUUCAGCAGAGUAGAGCUCCACGACUUCUUCGUGUUCGCCGACACCAACAAAGAUGGCACCAUUACUCGCCAUGAGUACGUAACAGCCGCCACCAAGAACGCCCCUGACCUUACGGAGUUCACUCACGGGCUCUUUGACACGUUUGACGCCAAUGGAGACCAUCACCUAACACUGUACGAUACUGAAGCCCUCUACAACCGCAUGGACGCCGACGGCGACGCAUUCAUAACGAAAGCGGAAUUUUACACCUUUUGGACCAACGUACUGAACUCACUUGCCCAUACCCAUGGCAACGGACAUUUGCUGGGAUAAUUUUGUGCUUUACAAAUUAAACAGUACAUCACUGAA